AUAUAGGAUUGUGUUUGGAAACGCGGAGAAACUUUCCCGUGUUGCGUAGGUAGCGAGUUGGCGGGUUUGUUGAGGGGCUAACAAUGGACACUCAGAAGGACGUUCAACCUCCAAAGCAGCAACCAAUGAUAUAUAUCUGUGGAGAAUGUCACACAGAAAAUGAAAUAAAAUCUAGGGAUCCAAUCAGAUGCAGAGAAUGUGGAUACAGAAUAAUGUACAAGAAAAGGACUAAAAGAUUGGUCGUUUUUGAUGCUCGAUGAAACCUGGGAAUUCAGCGGAAUGUCUUCACUUAUACUUAGAUUUGCUCUCUCAAUGUUUUUAAUUGUUGUAUAGCUUUCGAUUUUGCAUACAGUAGUUUCCCCUUAUCUUCAGGGGAUGCAUCCCAAGGCCCCCAGUGGACUCCUGAAACCUCAGAUAGUACCAAACCUUUAUACACCUUUUUUCUAUAUAUACACACCGAUGAUAAAGUGUAAUGUAUAAAUUAGGCAUAACAAGAGAUUAAUAAAAUAGAACAAUGAUAACAUACUGUAAUAAAGUUACAUGAAUGUG